ACAGCUGAUCGCCGAAGGUGAAAUUAAAGUUAACCUAACUUUAAAUGUGUAAUUAAACUUUUUUUAGUGUUGUUUUAUAUUAAAAUUUAACUAAGUUAUGAAUUUUAUAAGCCGAAUAGUGAGGAGGAUACCUCAGGCGCCAACUUUGGUAUCUAAUAUCGUUAAAAACAAACCCCUUCUGGAUCUUAGCUCCUUCUUAAGCAACAGAUUAUCAUGUCUCACAAUACAAGAAAGACCGGUGUCGUUGCUUCAGAUGCACAGGCGUGGGCCACACAUCAAGAAGAAGAAAAAACGCCAGCCCCUUGACGGGAAACCGUUCAUGAAGGGCGUAGUGCUAAAGACUUUGAUCAAGAAACCGAAAAAACCCAAUUCGGCCAAUAGAAAGUGUGUUCUAGUUAAACUGUCCAACGGCAAAGAAAUGGUCGCGUAUAUACCAGGCAUAGGCCACAAUCUACAGGAACACAAUAUUGUCCUCUGCAGGGUGGGAAGGGUGCCCGAUUGUCCUGGUGUAAAAAUUAAGUGUGUCAGGGGAAAGUACGAUCUUGGUCAUGUGAUUGUAAAUAGGAAGUGAAAAUGUAAUGAGUUUUUUUUUUUUAAAUAAAUUAGUGGUUAUAGUAGCACCUCUCCUACAAUAAAGUUA